GAUACUACAAUGCAAACGUUUAAGAUUAGCUCAGAUGUUGUUUUACUUUGUGCGUUCGUGUGUGUUAGAAGUGCUUUAAUUAAACCAGGUUUGCAUUUCAGUUUACUUGAAUCGUAAAAUUUAAAAAAAUGUAUCGGUUCAAACGAGGAUUCUGUGGAGUGCUCCAACAAAAAGUGGUACAAUCCUUCGUAGUUUUUGGAGCUUGGGAGGUGCACAAGUGAUUGAUAGAAAUGAUUUCAGUAGACGUUCGCGCGACAGUAGGUUUUUAGGGGUGGAAAUUACAAAAAAAAAAAAAAUAAUAAUAAUAAUAAUAUAUAUAUAUCUUCCCGGUGAGGUGCAAUAUUGUUUGUUGCGGUGUUAAUGAUUACAUUCAGGGGAUGUUUAGAUAACAUCGGUUAUCAUUGUAGAUAAUUGUUUUUUUAUGGGGUUUUUUUUGUGUAAAGAAGUAUAAUGGGGCGGUAAACGAAACCAAUUGAUAUUACCAAAUUUCCAUACAAGAAAAACAAAGAGAAAGAGACCUGCGGUUGCUAUGGAAAAGCUGCGACUGUCAAACCGGGGGCAGGCCUGAGCCUCGGACUGGAGUUACUGGGAAAGGCCGGGAACGGGGAGAGGUGGCAACACUUUAGGAAAGAGAGGGAGUUUUUUAAUAGAAGUCCAUUUGCUGAAUUACCUGGAGCAGCAUAGAGACUUUGAAGAUUAAGAAAAAAUGCCGCCAAGACCAUCGUCAGGUGAACUGUGGGGCAUCCACUUGAUGCCCCCAAGGAUUUUGGUGGACUGUCUGCUGCCUAAUGGAAUGAUUCUGACAUUGGAGUGCCUCCGUGAAGCCACACUUAUUACCAUUAAACAUGAACUUUUUAAGGAAGCCAGAAAGUACCCUCUUCAUCAUCUCCUACAGGAUGAAACCUCAUAUAUUUUUGUCAGUGUUACACAGGAGGCAGAGCGGGAGGAAUUUUAUGACGAAACAAGACGACUUUGUGAUCUCCGACUCUUCCAGCCAUUUUUGAAGGUCAUAGAGCCAGUUGGGAAUAGAGAGGAGAAAAUUCUUAACCGGGAAAUUGGUUUUGCAAUUGGUAUGCCUGUGUGUGAGUUUGAUCUUGUAAAGGAUCCUGAAGUGCAAGACUUCAGGAGAAACAUACUGAAUGUCUGUAAAGAAGCAGUGGACCUCAGAGAUGUAAAUGGGCCACACAGUCGAGCACUAUAUGUUUACCCUCCGAAUGUAGAAUCCUCCCCAGAACUUCCAAAGCACAUCUACAGUAAACUUGAUAAAGGUCAAAUAAUUGUUGUGAUUUGGGUGAUAGUUUCUCCCAAUAAUGACAAACAGAAAUACACGCUAAAAAUUAACCACGACUGCGUACCGGAGCACGUAAUAGCAGAAGCUAUAAGGAAGAAAACUCGGAGCAUGCUGCUUUCACCUGAGCAGCUCAAAAUGUGUGUGCAAGAGUACCAGGGAAAAUACAUCCUGAAAGUGUGUGGCUGCGAUGAGUACUUGCUGGAAAAAUACCCGCUUAGUCAGUACAAGUAUGUGAGAAGUUGCAUCAUGUUGGGGCGUAUGCCGAAUCUGAUGCUGAUGGCUAAGGAGAGUCUGUACACUCAGCUGCCAAUUGAUAAUUUCACCAUGCCAUCUUACGCUCGUCGAAUCUCAACUGCCACACCUUACAUGAAUGGAGAAACCUCUGCUAAGUCCUUAUGGACCAUUAAUGAUACCUUGAGGAUAAAGAUCUUGUGUGCAACCUAUGUAAAUGUAAACAUUCGAGAUAUCGAUAAGAUUUAUGUGCGAACAGGCAUAUAUCAUGGAGGAGAACAGAUGUGCGAUAAUGUAAACACUCAGCGAGUGCCAUGUUCUAACCCAAGGUGGAAUGAGUGGCUGAAGUAUGACAUGUACAUUCCUGAUAUUCCACGUGCAGCUCGGCUCGGUCUGUCCAUCUGCUCUGUCAAAGGCAGGAAGGGGGCUAAAGAGGAACAUUGUCCAUUGGCAUGGGGAAAUAUUAAUUUGUUUGAUUAUACAGACACUCUUGUGUCUGGAAAAAUGGCACUCAAUUUAUGGCCUGUGCCUCAUGGACUGGAAGAUUUGCUAAAUCCCAUUGGAGUGACGGGCUCAAAUCCAAAUAAGGAAACUCCUUGUUUAGAGUUAGAAUUUGAUUAUUUCAGCAGCCCUGUGAAGUUUCCCGACAUGUCAACAAUUGAGGAACAUGCUAAUUGGACUAUAUCCAGGGAACUGGGGUUUAAUUACUGCCCUACUGGCUUGAGUAACAGAUUAGCUCGAGACAAUGAGCUGACAGAAAGUGAUAACGAACAGCUCCGUUUGGUUUGUAACAGAGACCCUCUUUCUGAGAUCACUGAGCAAGAGAAAGAUUUCCUUUGGCGACACAGACAUAUUUUGGUAAACAUACCUGAAAUUCUGCCAAAAAUUUUGCUUGCUGUAAAGUGGAACUCAAGAGAUGAAGCAUCACAGAUGUAUUGUCUGUUAAAGGACUGGCCUGCAAUUAAACCAGAGCAGGCAAUGGAGUUGUUGGACUGUAACUACCCAGAUCCCAUGAUACGUGAUUUUGCUGUGAGGUGUCUGGAAAAGUACUUGACAGAUGACAAACUCUCUCAGUACCUAAUUCAGCUUGUACAGGUACUGAAAUAUGAGCAGUAUCUUGAUAACCCACUGGUGAGAUUUUUACUCAAGAAAGCGUUGACCAAUCAGAGAAUUGGACAUUUCUUCUUUUGGCACUUGAAGUCUGAAAUGCACAACAAAACAGUGAGUCAGCGGUUUGGCUUACUUCUGGAGUCCUACUGCCGAGCCUGCGGCAUGUAUCUGAAACACCUGAGUCGGCAAGUUGAAGCCAUGGAGAAACUGAUUAACCUCACAGAUAUCCUCAAACAGGAGAAAAAAGAUGAAACGCAAAAGGUGCAAAUGAAGUUUCUUGUAGAGCAAAUGAGGCGGCCAGACUACAUGGAUGCAUUACAGAACUUUACCUCUCCACUCAACCCUGCACACCAAUUAGGCAAUUUAAGGCUUGAAGAAUGCAGAAUCAUGUCAUCUGCAAAACGGCCUCUGUGGUUGAAUUGGGAAAAUCCAGAUAUCAUGUCUGAGCUUCUGUUCCAGAACAAUGAGAUCAUUUUUAAAAAUGGAGAUGAUUUGCGACAAGACAUGUUAACCCUGCAAAUCAUAAGAAUUAUGGAAAACAUCUGGCAGAACCAGGGCCUUGAUCUCCGGAUGCUUCCUUAUGGCUGUUUGUCAAUUGGUGAUUGCGUGGGACUGAUUGAGGUGGUAAGAAGCUCUCAUACGAUCAUGCAGAUCCAGUGUAAAGGAGGACUGAAGGGCGCACUGCAGUUCAACAGCCAUACUUUACACCAGUGGCUUAAAGACAAGAACAAAGGAGAAAUGUAUGAUCUAGCCAUUGAUUUGUUUACACGUUCCUGUGCUGGCUAUUGUGUUGCCACUUUUAUCCUUGGCAUUGGAGACAGACACAAUAGCAACAUCAUGGUAAAGGAUGAUGGGCAGCUGUUCCAUAUAGAUUUUGGUCAUUUCUUGGAUCACAAGAAGAAAAAAUUUGGAUACAAACGAGAGCGGGUGCCAUUUGUCUUAACUCAAGAUUUCUUAAUUGUGAUAAGCAAAGGAGCUCAAGAAUGCACUAAAACAAGAGAGUUUGAAAGGUUUCAAGAGAUGUGCUAUAAAGCUUACUUGGCAAUCAGACAGCAUGCCAACCUCUUUAUAAACCUUUUCUCUAUGAUGCUGGGCUCGGGAAUGCCAGAGCUGCAGUCAUUUGAUGACAUUGCUUACAUUCGGAAGACCCUGGCACUGGACAAAACUGAGCAAGAAGCCCUAGAUUAUUUCAUGAAGCAGAUGAAUGAUGCUCAUCAUGGUGGGUGGACAACAAAAAUGGACUGGAUCUUCCACACCAUACGACAACAUGCCUUGAACUGAAAUAAUGUUGAGCAGAGAAGUGACUGGGUUACCCUGACAACCUAGUGCAGUGUUUCUCUAGCGUGAACAGUGGUUGACAUGCAACAGUCCUAACAGCAUUGAUCAAUCUGGAGAAAAAAGAGCAAUACCAACAUUCUCUAGUGGAAAGUUUUUCUUACCCGGAUAAUGGAUUCAUGUUCCAGUGUUAAACCCCCCACAGGUCAGGAGAAGAAAACGGUGUUCCUCAUGUUCAGUACAAUACAAAACAAUACAAAAAACACAAACACACACACACACACACACACCUCUUUCAUUUGCGUACGUCCACCUGUGUGUGGUAUUAAGGAGCACAUUCCUUAUCCAAAUGUUAGGUUCUUGAUAGAGGACAUCUUAGUGAGGUCACGUUGUGUGUGACUCACUGGAGACACCCAGUGGCGAUCUGUGGAAUUGUUUGUUGCUUUUUUUUAUAUACACAGUUUAGUUCUCAUUGAUGUGUACAUUGCCAUCCUGUGCUUGUGAAGUUGCAUGUUUUGUCCUUUCAUACUAGCACUGCGAGGAUUUUUGGGGGGUCCUUGUAAACAAAAUUUUGUAUGUAUAUAGUAUACAUAAAAUGUUUUUCAUAUUUUAGAUAAUAAAACUCGUGAUACUGUAGACACAGUACAGGUACAAAUAAUGGAAGAUCUUGCACUCGGGUAACAUCCCAGCCAGUGCUGGGACUGUCUGUUGAUUGAGCUCACCAAUGUUUAAUCUACCUCCUGAAUACAGCCAGACAAACGAGCCAUCAAAGAAGGUUGUCGAGAUGAGCCAAGCCCAUAGUCACAAGAAUUCCAGUAAGGAUGCAGAAACUGAUUCAAAGUGACUUUGUACCAUGCUAAAUUCAAUCUAUCCUUCGAUCACAUUCUCUAUUGACCAUCCUGUCAAAAUGUUACUAAUCAGUACACCCAGACUGAUUUCACGGCAUGACAUUUUGUUCAGAAUCUUCAUCUACAAACCUGUAGUGCGUUACAUGGAUCUCACAAAGAAAUGUGUUGCAGAUCUGCUUGGAAUACAGGAAUAGAAUCUUGGACACUGUUAGACUUUUCUUUAAGAUUCAUUGGCUUGAGGUUUUGUAGACCAUUUUACAGUACAGUAACAGUAUUUUAUCAAUUUUAAAUGUGUACGUUGGAAAUGAACACAUUGUAGCAAAUUCAGAAUCUUAAAGGACAUAUAGCCCUGCACUGGUGGCAUACGUAAAAGAAUGUUUUUUUUUUUUUUUCUUCAGAAUGUAAUAUGGAGUAUGGAAUCCUAUUUAAGAAAUACCUUUUAGGGUAGUUCUACUGUUCUCAGACUAGAAUAUACCAGGCCCAAGAUAUUAUUUCCUCAACCUUUCAGCCGGUUCUAAGCCUAUAGUACAAAAUGCACCUCAGAUUUCAUCAGCAGCAUUUAUUUUAAAGAAUUAAGUCAGACAAUUCUGUUAUUUCUCCUGUAAGCUAUGGUUUGUAUCGGUUGUGUUACCUUGUUAAAGGUAGUAAUUUGAGUUUUUUUUCUUUUUUUUUUACCCCUGUAAAACACAUACUACCUAAAAUUGUACUUAAUUUAUAUUAUAAUUUGAGAGAGGCAGUGUUAAGACAGCUCAUGAAUCGUGCAUUUAGUCAUUUUUUAUUAUUAUUUUCAGGUUGAUAUAUGCAGGUGGUAUGCGUGUACCUGAAGUCUGUUUGAAUAUACCUGUGUUGUCUGAGCCAAUGUUUGAAAAGGGAAUUGCAGAAAAAUCGUUUGCUACAUAAUAGGUAAACAAAAUAUAUAAUUUGGUUCAGUUUCAUGUAGGUAAAUGUGUAUUUUCAGCAGUAUUACUACUGCAGAGCUUGUGAGAGGAGUGGAGCACUCAUAAACGCAGCUCCUCGCUCUCUUCCUCUCUGAAACCGCUCACACCAAGGCUUGCAUCCGACUCCAGUGAGUACUAUUAUGUUUAGUAAAACUGAUUUAUUAAAUUAAUUUCUGUCAAAUACAUUUGAUAACUAUAAUUGAC